AUGGGUCCUAACAGGGGUCUCGGGGGGAACGGACGGACGUGGGAGGGUCUGGGGGGGUUUUGGGGAGGGGCCGUAGGAAAGUCUUGGGAGGGUCUGGGGGUGUUGGGAUGGUCCUGGGGGAGUUUGGGGAGGGCUCUGGGAGGUCCUGAGGGUGUCCUGGGAGGGUUUUGGAGGUUUUGGGGACGGUGUGGGGGGGUCUGGAGAGGUGUUGGGAGAGGGUCUGGGGGGGUUUGGGGAGAGGUUCUGGGGGAGUCCUGGGUGGGGUUUUGGGGAAGGGUCUGGGGGGUCUCAGGGGCAUCCUGGGCUGGGCCCGAUUGGGCCUGGGGGGUCUCAGGGGAUCCUGGGCAAACUCUGGGGAGCUCUGGGGGGUUUGGGGUUCCUGGAGGAGUCCUGGGGGAGAUUUGGGGGUCCCGGGGAUCCCAGGCCCACCCUGAACCGGGGUCUGAGGGUUUCGGGGGGAGGGGGCACAGCAGGGGUUCCCCCUUCAGGUUUUUGGGGGUCUCCCAUGGUGCCCCCUCCCCAAAAAGCUCCGAGGGCCCCCUGAAGUGGCUCCUGUUCCACCGGCCGGUGCCCCCUGAUCCAGGACAGCCCCAUCUUUUCAGGGGUACCGUGUCUCCACAGGACCUGCUUUUCCAGGCCCAGGAUGGUGUUACGGGCAGUGGCAUGAGACACAGGGUCUGUCUUGGACACUUAUCUUUGCAGCCUGGUCUACCUGCUCUUUGUGUUGGUACUCCUCGUUGGCUCUGCUCUUGGGGACAUGGGCAUCUACAUGGCAGACCUUCACAGCUUCAGGGGAAUUACCUGUUCUUCCUGUCACUUGGGAUAACAGCACCAGGAUUUCCCAUUCCUAACCCCAUGGAGGCUGUGAGGAAGAGGAAGAUGCCGCAGGACACUGAGGCAGAGCAGGAGCUGAGCAUGGAGAGCAGGGAGGACAAAUCCCCAUGGCAGAACCUGGUGGCAGAGGCCGUUUUGAGCGGCUCCACGGCGCAGGAAGCCAACAGGGAGGAAAAGCCCCAGAGAUGCCGCACGAAGAGGGGCUGCAAAUGCAGAUCACAGGGAUCUGAGAGGGAAAGAGCCAGCCUGGGCUGGGAAGGCGGCCGGAGAUGGAACCAGAGCUCAGAGCUGGUGCUCCGUGAGCAGCUCCAUGGUGGGGAGAAGCCCCACAUGUGUGGGGAGUGUGGGAAGAGCUUCAGGUCUAAAUCCGACCUGAUCAAGCACCAGAGGACCCACACUGGGGAGCGGCCCUAUGAGUGUGGGGAGUGUGGAAAGAGCUUCACUCAGAGCUCCAAUCUGAUCAGUCACCAGAGAACCCACACUGGGGAACGGCCCUACGAGUGUGAGGAGUGUGGAAAGAGCUUCAGGUCAAACUCCAAUCUGAUCAAGCAUCAGAGGAUCCACACAGGGGAACGGCCCUAUGAGUGUGAUCAGUGCAGGAAGAGGUUUCACACCAGCUCCGAUCUCCUCCUGCACCAGCGCACGCACACAGAGGAGAGGCCCUUCCGCUGCCCCGACUGCGGGCAGGGCUUCAGGCAGAACUCCCAUCUUGUCAUGCACCGACGCAUCCACACUGGGGAGAGGCCCCACGAGUGUGGGGAAUGUGGGAAGAGCUUCAGCCGGAGCUCCCAGCUGAUCCUGCACCAGAGGACCCACACUGGGGAGAGGCCCUAUCAGUGUAGGGAGUGUGGGAACAGCUUCAGCCGGAGCUCCCAGCUGAUCCUGCACCAAAAGAUCCACACUGGGGAGAGGCCCUACGAGUGUGAUCAGUGCAGGAAGAGGUUUAAGAGCAGCUCCUGUCUCCUCCAGCACUAUUGGACUCACACAGAGGAGAGGCCCUUCCAGUGUCCUGACUGCGGGAAGGGAUUCAAGCACAACUCUCACCUCAUCACCCAGCGGCGCAUCCACACUGGGGAGAGGCCCUACGAGUGUCCCCAGUGUGGGAAGAGCUUCACCCAGAGCUCUGACCUGACCCGACACCAACGCAGGCACCGGUAAGGGAAGCCCUGCGAGUUCCCUGAGUGCAGGAAGAGCUUCGUGCGCUGCUCCAGCUCCAUCCCCCACUGGAGGAGCCACUUUGGGCACAGCCCUGGUCACCCACAUUCCCUGUGAUCCAUACUGGGAACACACCUGGCUGCUUCUCCUGUUGGUUUGGUGUUAAUUUUCCUCUGCUCCAUCUUCAUCCCUUAGAAAAAAGCCCAAACAGGUUUAAAUGAAGGAAAUUGAUCAAAUAUAUUUGAAGUCCCUCCAUUUCACAGGUUUGAUGGGGAAUUUACCAUCUGGGGAGACAUUCUGUGUGGAGUGCCCCUGUUGCUAAGAGGCAGGAAUUUGAUCUCACUCCUCUUGUGUUGCUAAGAACUCCUCCCCUGGCCCAAACCCCAACUCCACCCCUGGGAUUCCCUAUAAAAACCCCAGGCCCUGCCUUUUCCCUGUCUUUUGGGGGUCAGAAAUGGAUUCUGGAGCUCUCUGAAACCAAGACCCGUCUCAUUUGUUCCCGGUACCAGCAGCUGCAGCCUCCCUGGACACCAUGAACUCAGCUGCAACAAUUCUGGGGUAUUUGUGGGUUCUAGGAGGAUUUUGGGCAGUGUUCUCCAUCUCUUUGCACUCCAAAAGCCAAGAGGGAUCG